CGAGCCUGCAUUUACACGCAUGCGCAUUUAACGAGGAAACGCUACAGUGGGCAUUGCAAUACUGCUGUAAUUGGAAACAUUCAACAAUCGCUCCGUUUAGUUUCGUAUCAUAGGACAGCACAAUCUAAAUUCCGGAGGAAAUCACUCGUAGGAAGCAUUUGGAAUACAGUAACGUUAGAGUUUCGUUGUACAUGCAAAAUCUACAAAGGCUUGUUGAAAAAGGUAUAGGCUCUGAAACAAGGUCCAGUGAUGAGUUUCUUUAGUUUUGGUCAAAGUGCAGAAAUCGAUAUAGUUUUGAAAGACGCUGAGACAAGAAAGAAAGCUGAACAUAAGACUGAGGAUGGGAAAAAGGACAAAUAUUUUCUGUUAUAUGAUGGCGAGACAGUAUCUGGAAAAGUCAACGUAACACUUAAGAAUCCAGGGAAAAGACUCGAGCAUCAAGGCAUCAAAAUGGAGUUUAUUGGGCAGAUUGAGCUGUACUACGACAGGGGGAACCACCAUGAGUUUGUGUCUCUGGUUAAAGACUUGGCCAGACCGGGAGAGCUAACGCAGUCCCAGACCUUUGACUUUGAGUUCACACACGUGGAGAAACCAUACGAGUCCUACACAGGCCAGAAUGUCAAAUUACGCUACUUUCUGAGGGCAACGGUAAGCCGGAGACUGAACGACAUCAGUAAAGAAAUGGACAUUGUCGUGCACACGCUCAGCACAUACCCAGAACUCAACUCGUCGAUCAAGAUGGAAGUGGGAAUCGAAGACUGUCUACACAUCGAGUUUGAGUACAACAAGUCCAAAUACCACCUAAAAGAUGUAAUCGUGGGAAAGAUUUACUUCCUCUUAGUACGGCUCAAGAUCAGACACAUGGAGAUUGACAUCAUCAAGCGAGAAACGACUGGCACGGGCCCAAAUGUGUACCAUGAGAACGACACCAUAGCCAAGUAUGAGAUUAUGGACGGAGCACCAGUGAGAGGGGAGUCCAUCCCUAUCCGACUAUUCCUGGCUGGCUAUGAGAUGACUCCUACAAUGAGGGACAUCAACAAGAAGUACUCUGUGCGGUACUACCUCAACCUGGUGCUCAUAGACGAGGAGGAGAGGCGUUACUUCAAACAGCAGGAGAUCACGCUGUGGAGAAAGGGGGACAUAGUGAAAAAGAGCAUGUCCCACCAAGCGGCCAUCGCCUCACAGCGCUUCGAGGGCUCGUCCAGUGCAGAGAAAGCCCUUGCUCAGGCCCAGGCUAAAGAACAGGAACAGUAAAACUCCAGAAUAGCCUACACUCCAUCGCUUUGUACAGGUGUGUGUCUGUGUGCGUGUACAGUGUGUGUGCGAUGUUGUGUACAUGUCUGUGAAUCUAUGAAUGUGAGAAAGGAUGCAUGUGUUUUUUCACUGCAUCUAUGAAUGUGUGUGUGUUUGUUGAUGUUCAAUAUGUGAACAUCAGCCAUUUUAGGUAUAUAUUUCUACCCUCGCCCAUUUCAACAUCGCCAUCUCACCACAAACACUGAUGGCACUUUCUACAACAACUGCAGCUGAAAAGGGAUGACAAAUUUCAUGUUUGAAGAAAAAGGCAUUCUCAUGGUAUAUUUGUAACUUUUAGUCAGGUUUUUCUGUCGUACUGAUUAGCAUAAUAUGCUUUUUUAUUUUCUUUGAAAUAGUGAUUUCUUAACUCGAAACAAUGGUGAAAACAGCUGCCUUUAGGCAUCUCUUAAUGAAUACUUGUCUUUGGCAGUUGGACUCAAUGGACAUGCAAGACCUCUUAAGUCCUGUUUACACCUUGCAUUAACAUGUGGUCGUCAUCCGAUCAAGAUUUUCAAAUCACUAUCUGAUCAAGGUCUGUUUUGUCGACACAAAAAUGUGUCUCUCAUCCGUCUACUGUAUGUGGACACUGGACACAUGUUAGCGCCAGGUAUAAACGUGGCUUUAGAAUCAGAGAAUAUGCUAAAUGUUUUUUUAUCGUGCGAAAUGUCAUGCAAAUAGGGAACAUUUGGGAAAAUGUAAUUUCAAUUGUCAGACAUCAACUAUCAACAUUGCAUUCCAUCAUCAAAAAAAACAUUCCAUUCCAAGCUUUGUGUCAUUAUCAGUAGAUGUAAACAGCAAUGUUUUAUUUUUUAACAUAAUCUUUUUUUAAUGUAUUUGAUCUUUUAGUGGCAUUAUACAUGUUCUGGGUUCAUCUAUCUGUUAGAAAUGUUAUGUCCAUUAACAUUGGCCAAGUUCAUUUUUCAUGGGCCAAGUGUGGUGACACUGAUAGUUUCUUGGAACUAAUGGCUUUCACGGUUGUGGCUAGAUGGAGAAUUAAUGUAGCAGGUUAGGAGAAUUAACAUGGAAGGUAAGAAGAAUUAACGUUGCAGGUUAGGAUAAUUAGGUUAAGGUUAGGAAAAGGGUUAGGCUUAGCUAAAAUGUACUCCAUCUUAGCGUAGAAGCCAUCAGUUCCGAGAAACCACCAGUAUACCAUGCCGGUUCCCUGGGUAGGCAGUGUUUUCUCAUUUUAGACCAUUCCAUUGGUCCUACUGAAAUCUCCACCCACUCAAAACUAACUUACCAACUGCCACUGCUGCUAAUACGUGUGAAAGAUUUGGGUGUAACCUUUCCAACCUAUGAACCAGAAAUAAGAUCAAUUUAAACCAUUCAUUUUUAUUUGCACUAGAUCCAAAUUAUGUGAAAUCAGUCUGUUUUCUGUCAGUAAUUGGUUUGAAAAGUACCUAGAAGACAUUGCCAGCAUUGGAUAACUUUUUGCCUAAGGGUUAAUUGCUUAAUGGCUCUAGUUCAAUUCUAGAAACAACCUCACAGCUUGUUUUUCCUGUAAUCUCCAACCAUUUUACACCAGGCACAUGACUUCCGGUGUGAAUGCACUGAAGUCCUCAUAAAUUGUACCUUCACUGUAGGGCUCAGUGUAAUUUUGAUUGGAAAUAAUAUGAAGAAACAAAGAAUGUGUCAAAAGUAAAUACAUUUGUGUCAGAGCAAAUAAAUUUGCAAACAUUUCUAAAAAA